UUUUUUUUCUUUGUGCAGAAGUGAGACAUUCGAUCUGCCCCGCAACUGCGGUUGGUGCGGUCACAUCAAGGAUACAACACCUGCUGUAACUCCUGUGCCUAUGAGACAGAUAAACGUGAUCGGAAGCACACGUACCACAUUCUUUACAGGCCAGCGUCCAUUUGAAUGCCAUUUGUGACCUUGGAGCUUCGGGCGAACAUUCAAGCUGAAGAAACCUGCAACCCAAACAGACAAGAGGCCAGUUGAGUGCCGUUUAUGCCCUCAGAACUUCUCACAAAAGGUUAAGCUGAAGCAACACGCACAUCUACACAGUUGAGAUGCCAUUUCAUUGUCCGUUAUGCCCAUGGAGCUUUGCAAAAACGUCCACACUGAAAAAUCAUGUGCGCAUCCACACAGGCGAGAAACCAUUUCAGUGCCCUGCCUGCCCUAAGAGCUUCUCGCAAAAGUCCAAUCUGACCCAACACCUGCGUACCCACACAGGCGAGAGGCCAUUUCAGUGCCCUGCAUGUCCUCAGAGCUUCUCGGAUAGGUCCACACUGAAAAACCAUGUGCGCACCCACACAGGCGAGAGGCCAUUUCAGUGCCCUGCAUGUCCUCAGAGCUUCUCGGAUAGGUCCGCACUGAAAAACCAUGUGCACACCCGCACAGGCGAGAGGCCAUUUCAAUGCCCUUCAUGCCCUCAGAGCUUCUCAGUUAAGUCUAACCUGAAGGAUCAUGUGCGCAUCCACACAGGCGAGAGGCCAUUUCAAUGCCCUGCAUGUCCUCAGAGCUUCUCAGACAAGUCCACACUGAGAACUCACAUGCACAUCCACACAGGCGAGAGGCCAUUUCAGUGUCCUGUAUGCCCUCAGCGCUGCUCCCGAAAGAGUCAUCUGAACGAACACCUGCGCACCCACACUGGGGACAGGCUAUUUCAGUGCCCUGCAUGCCCUCAUACCUGCUCACGUAAGAGUUAUCUGAACAAACACCUGUGCACCCACACAGGCAAGAGGCCAUUUCAGUGCGCUUUGUGCCCUCAACGUUUCACCGACAAAUCUACACUGAAGAAUCAUGUGCGCACCCACACAGGUGAGAUGCCAUUUCAGUGCGCUUUGUGCCCUCAACGUUUCACCAACAAAUCUACACUGAAGAAUCAUGUGCGCACCCACACAGGUGAGAGGCCAUUUCAAUGCCCGUCAUGCCCUCGGAGCUUCUCACAAAAGUCCACACUGAAGAAGCACGAGCGCAUUCACACAUGCAAGAGGUGAUUUCAUUGCCCUGCAUGCUCUCAAAGCUUCUCACCAGAGUGUUUUGAAUCGAUACCUGCGCACCCACACAUGCAAUAAACCACUUCAUUACCCUUCAUGCCCUCGAAGCUUCUCGAAAAAGUCUGCACUAAAGGCUCACCUGCACAUCCACUAAUAUGAGAAGCUGCUUAAGUGGUUUUCAUACUUUCACAAAGCUCGGUUAUGUUCGCCAAGCCAGUGCACAUGAGAGAUAGUUGAAGCAGAAAAAAUUCAAUGUUCACAGUAUUCAUGUGUAAAGGUUGCGUCGGUGCACCUUUUCCAAAAAAAAAGUUGACUUUCCAAAGUACACUUGCUGCAGAAUAGUGCUGAGUUGUGAGACUUGUCAUUAUUUAGUUUUCAUGUUUUUCUUAGUUUUUUCAUAAAACCUCAAUGUAUUAUUAUUGCACCUCACAAUAUGAUUAUUAAUAUUGCUAUUUCUCUUAAUAAAA